AUGAAUAAAGCUUUAUUUUUAUGUUUUUUAUUAAUUGGUUCGGCAUUUGCUGGAACUAUUGAUCAAUUGGUAUUCUCUAACAUUACCAGAUCCAAGGAUGUCUAUCGUAAAUAUAUUUCAAAAGAAGUUAAAAUACCAGAUGUUACAAUUGAAGGAACAGGUAUCAACCUUAGCCCAUACCUAUUUUAUUUACAAGGUGCAUCAAUCGGUGGUUCUCUUUCAAAUAGUGCAGCUUCAGCACAAGCUGAUUCAUCAAUUUUCAGAUACCAAACAUUAUAUUCUGUCCCACCAUCAGUUUCAUUUGUUUAUUUAGAGGGUCAUGCCAAUUUAGAUUUAUCCCAAUUGAAUAUUGAUUUUGGUGUAUCUGCAAUUGCCACAGGAUUUAUGCCAGCCUAUAUUGUUGAAUAUACUGAAGAAAAUGGUGUUGAAGGAUUCCAACAAGGACAAGAUACUGUUGUAGGUAAAAUUGACCUUAAAUAUUAUAGUUACAAAACAACUUCAACAACUAAAAAAUUAAAAAAUGCCAAGGGUGAGGAAUUUAAUGUACACUAUAUUUCAUCUAAGAGUGAUAAUGGUUUAUUCACUAUGGACUUCACUGUACCAGAACAAUCUGUUGGUGUUAAUGGGAAUCCAAUUGGUGCUUCACAAACUAAAAUCGAUAUUGGUAUUUACAAUUACUAUGAUAAAAAUGUAAAUAAGAAUCCAACUUUUUGUGAUAUUGUGAAUGGUGUUACAACAGUAGCCACUUCAGUAACAAGUACCAUUGGUAAUAUCAUUGGAGGUCUCCUUGGAGGUUCACCAUUUUCUGCCAAAUCCUCAACCAAUUUAAACAUCCCAUUCUGUGGCUUAACAACUGGUCCAUCUGAUAAAAAAUCAAAACUUGCCCUCCUUUCAUUCGUUGCUUCAGUUAAAUUCAAGGCCACUGAUAAAAGUGCACCAUCAAUUACAGUUGAUAUAGGUAAAAAUUUCUCAAUUACAUAUGAUUGGGUUGGAACUGCAAAAGUAAAUUCAGCUGCUGGUACACAAACCUCCAAGGUUCACUCAAAUGUAGGUAAAACAUCUGAAAGUGGUAGCUUCACAAAUGACUUAAAAACUAUGAUUUCAAACAAAGAUGCCUUAUUCGUCACAUAUUCAUUUGAAGGUGAAAGACCAAACUCUGUUGAAUGGGAUCCAACAUUAGGUGCUUCAAACUAUCAAUCUGGUGAAGUUGAUAAACCAGUUCCAACCACUACUGGUUCUGCUACUUCUUCAACUGGUGCUACUACUUCUUCAACUGGUUCAGCUACUGGAUCUGCAACUGGUGAUGAUACUUCAGCUGAUGGUGAUCAUCCAAACUCAAGUUUAAGAAUUAUUUCAUCAUUUUGUUUAACUGCAGUUUUAAUUUCUCUUGGCCUUUUAUUUUAA